AUGUGUGACGCUGGGAAUGGCGGACUCCUUGGUAGCGUAACCAACUGUGGUGGUGGUAGUGUCGGACUCAGUGGUAACGUAAACGUGUGUGUUGGUGGUAGUGGCGGAGUCAGUGGUAACGUAACCAUCUGUGGUGGUGGUUGUGGCGGACUCAGUGAUAACCUAACCAUCUGUGAUGGUGGUAGUGGCGGAGUCAGUGGUAACGUAACCAUCUGUUGUGCUGGUAAUGGCGGACUCCUUGGUAGCGUAACCAACUAUGGUGGUGGUAGUGACGGAGUCAAUGGUAACGUUAGUGGUGGUGGUUGUGGCGGAGUCAGUGGUAACCUAACCAUCUGUGAUGGUGGUAGUGGCGGAGUCAGCGGUAACGUAACCAGCUGUGGUGGUGGUAGGGUCGGACUCAGUGGUAACGUAAACGUGUGUGUUGGCGGUAGUGGCGGAGUCAGUGGGAACGUAACCAACUGUGGUGGGGGUAGUGACGGAGACAGUGUUAGCGUAACCAACUGUGGUGGUGGUAGGGUCGGAGUCAGUGGUAACGUAACCAUAUGUGGUUGUGGUAGUUGCGGAGUCAGUGGUAGCGUAACCAACUGUGGUGGUGGUAGUGACGGAGUCAGGGGUAACGUAACCAUAUGUGGUGGUGGUAGUGUCGGACUCAGUGGGAACGUAACCAUAUGUGGUGGUGGUAGGGUCGGAGUCAGUGGUAACGUUACCAUAUGUGGUUGUGGUAGUGGCGGAGUCAGUGUUAACAUAACCAACUGUGAUGGUGGUAGUGGCGGAGUCAAUGGUAACGUAACAAUCUUUGGUGGUAGUGGCGGAGUCAGUGCUAACGUAACCAUCUGUGGUGGCAGUGGCGGAGUCAGUGUUAACAUAACCAUCUGUGGUGGUAGUGGCGGAGUCAGUGUUAACGUAACCAACUGUGAUGGUGGUAGUGACGGAGUCAAUGGUAACGUAACCAUCUUUGGUGGUAGUGGCGGAGUCAGUGGUAACGUAACCAUCUGUUGUGCUGGUAAUGGCGGACUCCUUGGUAGCGUAACCAACUGUGGUGGUGGUAGUGACGGAGUCAGGGUAACUUGCGAAGUCAGGGGUAGCGUAACCAACUGUGGUGGUGGUAGUGGCGGAGUCAGUGGUAACGUAACCAACUGUGGUGGUAGUGACGGAGUCAGUGGUAACUUAACCAUCUGUGGUGGUGGUAGUGGCGGAGUCAGUGGUAACGUAACCAUUUGUGGUGGUAGUGGCGGAGUCAGUGGUAACGUAACACUCUGUGUGGUGGUAGUGGCGGAGGCAGUGUUAACGGUCGGCCUCAGUGGUAAUGUAACCAACGGUGGUGGGGGUAAUGGCGGACUCCUUGGUAGCGUAACCAAUUGUGGUGGCGGUAGUGAUGGACUAAGUGGGAACGUAACCAUCUGUGGUGGUAGUGACGGAGUCAGUGGUAACGUAACCAACUGUGGUGGGGGUAGUGACGGAGACAGUGUUAGCGUAACCAACUGUGGUGGUGGUGGGGUCGGAGUCAGUGGUAACGUAACCAUAUGUGGUUGUGGUAGUUGCGAAGUCAGUGGUAGCGUAACCAACUGUGGUGGUGGUAGUGACGGAGUCAGUGGUAACGUAACCAUCUGUGGUGGUGGUAGUGGCGGAGUCAGUGGUAACGUAACACUCUGUGGGGUGGUAGUGGCGGAGGCAGGGUUAACUGGCGGAGUCAUUGUUAACGUAACCAACUGUGAUGGUGGUAGUGACGGAGUCAAUGGUAACGUUACCAUCUUUGGUGGUAGUGGCGGAGUCAGUGGUAACGUAACCAUCUGUGGUGGUAGUGGCGGAGUCAGUGGUAACGUAACCAACUGUGGGGGUAGUGACGGAGUCAGUGGUAACGUAACCAUCUGUGGUGGUGGUAGUGGCGGAGUCAAUGGUAACGUAACCAUCUGUGGUGGUAGUGGCGGAGUCUGUGUUAACGUAACCAUCUGUGGUGGUAGUGGCGGAGUCAGUGGUAACGUAACACUCUGUGUGGUGGUAGUGGCGGAGUCAGUGUUAACGUAA